AUGCAGCUUUUAACUCGUUUAGUUUUUGAGCAUGGAAGCACUGACGCAGCUGCGAAGGUAGCUGACACAAUGGGUGUGGAUUUUGUGCAUGAAAUAAUAUCAGCUUGUGUGCCACCAGUUCUUCCUCCACGAACAGGACAAGGAUGGGCUUGCAUUCCUAUUUUAACCACAGUUUCCAAUAUUAUUUCUGAAAACAGUUCAACAGUUCCAAAGUCCCUCCCCCCUGAUCAAGGAUGGAGUCCACAUGAUUCAUUGUUGUCUUCUCGCCGGGAUCCGCUGUAUCCUCUUCAGUUAAAUUUAGUGAAGCAUUUAGCCCAAUUAUCAUCAGUAAGAGCAGUUCUGGCAUGUGUGUUUGGAAGUAGCAUACUAUCUGGUGACAGUGAAUCAUCUCCUACUUAUGUGAAGGAUGCAAUGCAAACCACUGAAGUUGAGAGGUCAUUCUAUGAAUUCGCUCUUGAACAAUCAGAGAGAUAUCCAACUUUGAACCGGUGGAUACAGAUGCAGUCUAACCUUCACCGGGUAUCUGAGUCUGCCGUGGCAGUUAAAACUGAAAAUGAAGUCGCCGUGCAUCAAUCAAAAGGAAAAAUUUCUAUUAAGCGAGCUCGUGAACCUGACAGUGAUGCUGAAUCAGAGCUUGAAGAUGUCGUCAUAAAUGGAAAUGCCGCUUCAAGUACACUAGAAUCCCCUAAAUAUGAUGAUGCUAAACUAGAGCCAACAGCAUUUAUUUCUUUUGACUGGGAGAACGAAGGACCAUAUGAGAAAGCCGUUGAGAGGCUAAUUAAUGAAGGAAAACUAACUGAUGCUCUUGCUGUAUCCGACCGUUGUUUGCGCAAUGGAGCGUCUGAUAAAUUACUUCGAUUGCUCAUUGAUCAAAGGGAAGAAAGAAGUCUAGGCACAGGACAAUUCCGCCCAUAUGGUUCCCGUAACUUGGGGAGCAAUACUUGGCAGUAUUGUUUGAGACUGAGGGAUAAAAAACUUGCAGCUCAGCUUGCUCUUCAGUACCUGCACAGUUGGAACCUUGACGCUGCAACCAAUGUUCUAACUAUGUGCAUCUGCCACUUACCUGAGAAUGAUCCUAUGCGGAGUAAGGUGCUACACAUGAAGCAAUCUCUGCAGCGGUAUGGUCAUAUUAUGAGUGCUGAUGACCAUUACACCAGAUGGCAAGAGGUCGAAGUUGAUUGUGAAGAUGAUCCAGAGGGGUUAGCACUUAGGCUUGCCGCCAAAGGAGCUGUAUCUGCUGCUUUACAGGUCGCCGAAAGUGCCUCUCUGUCAAUUGAUUUGCGGAGGGAACUGCAAGGCCGCCAGCUUGUCAAACUUCUUACCACUGAUCCACUUAAUGGUGGAGGCCCAGCUGCGGCAUCACGAUUUCUAUCGACCUUAGGAGAUUCCAAUGAUGCUCUUCCUGUUGCCAUUGGUGCCAUGAAGUUAUUACCUGACUUGCGCUCAAAGCAGCUUCUCGUGCAUUUUUUUCUCAAACGUACAGUUGGGAAUUUGUCAGAUGCUGAGAUUGCUCGACUUAAUUCAUGGGCGCUGGGUCUUCGUGUUCUUUCCUUAUUGCCAUUGCCAUCACAACAGCGUUGCUCUUCUCUGCAUGAACAUCCUCAGUUGAUUCUGGAAGUACUAUUGAUGAUGAAGCAACUCGAGUCUGCAUCUCUGGUUUUGAAAGAAUUUCCAUCCCUGAGGGAUGACAAGUUAAUCAUUGCUUACGCUAAGAAAGCAAUCUCUGUCAAUAUUGAUUCUACUCUUAGGGAACCUCGACAAACCAUCUCUGCGGCAAGAGAAAAACAAAAAAAGGCUGCCAUACCAGCUAAAACAAAUUUUGUGCAGAGUUUUGGCAACUUUCAGAGAGAGGCACGUAAAGCAUUCUCAUGGGUGCCCCGCGACAGUGGCACCAAAACCCCCCCGAAAGAUAUCCCUCGGAAAAGAAAGAGUUCAGGCUCAGGUGAUAGAUCCUCUUGGGAAGCGAUGCCUGGUGUACAGGAGGAGCAGACACCUGUUUACCCUUCCGAAGGACAAGAUAGACUUCCUUUUGUUUCUGCUCCUGAGGAGUGGGUGCUUACCGGAGAGCCUGAUAGGGAUAACACAACUCGUUCAUGUCAUAGAUAUGAAUCCUCUCCAGAUAUCGCACUAUUCAAGGCAUUGCUUUCACUGUGCACCGAUGAGUCAGUAGCCGGAAAAGGUGCACUUGAACUAUGUGUUACUCAGAUGAAGGUUGUACUAAGCUCCCUACAGUUGCCUCUCAAUGCAUCUAUGGACAAUGUUGCCCGGGCUUAUCAUGCAACGGAAACUUAUGUGCAGGCAAUCUCUUAUGCAAAAAAUCUACUAAAAAAGCUCACCGGGAGUAGUGAUUUGUCAAGUGGCUCUGAAAGAAGUAGAGAUGCUGAUGCUGUUUCUGUGGACGCUGGCAGUUCAAGCACUGGGGUCCAACAUCAAGAUGAGCUGUCUGAUCUCCUUGCUCAAGCAGAUAUGUGGCUAGGGCGUGCUGAGCUUCUUCAAAGCCUGCUGGGAUCAGGUAUUAUUGCAUCACUUGAUGAUAUUGCUGGCAAAGAGUCUUCAACUAGUCUACGUGACAGGCUGGUCAGUGAUGAGCGAUACAGCAUGGGUGUAUAUACUUCUAAGAAGUGCAAGAUUGAUGCUUUUCCAGUGUGGGUUGCUUGGGGCCAUGCUCUAGUUCGAAUGGAACACUACGCUCAAGCCCGUGUGAAAUUUAAGUAA